UCCAUCCGGCCCAUUGGACGAGACGGAACCCCCGUUUCUUUCUCUCUCUCUCUCCCUCUCUCUCCGCCACUCUCAAAGCCCACUGAUAUCUCUUUCCAGCAAUAAUCUGCACACUGGAUUCCGUCUGGGAGUUUGGGGAAAAGAAAAUUCUUUAAAAAAAAGCUGUCUCCGACACACAUACACACCAGAGCCCGACGUGGAAUGGCUGAGAAGAGGAGAUCGCCGUCCACAAUGAGUUUGAAAGCUCAUGCUUUUUCAGUGGAAGCGCUGAUCGGAGCAGAGAAAAAGAGGAAACUGGACGAUCGCUGCCUGAAUGGUGUUGAGAUAAAAGAUGUAACAACAAGCCAGCCUGUGAAUGCGUCGGGGAAGGACAGGAGCUCGGACGACGAGAGAAACUGUGGCACAGACUACAGCGAAAGAUCGGUUCUGAACGGGGACGAUGUACUGCAGUCUCCUUCCCCACCAAUAGUCACUAAGGCCUAUGUACCGCCCAAGUGCGGCACCUCUCGAGAGGACAUUCAUGCCGAGCUCCAAGGUGCUGACCUGUGGAAAAGGUUUCACGAUAUCGGCACGGAGAUGAUCAUCACCAAGGCGGGAAGACGAAUGUUCCCAGCUAUGCGGGUUAAGAUCACUGGCCUGGAUCCCCAUCAACAGUAUUAUAUCGCCAUGGACAUCAUUCCAGUGGAUAAUAAGCGUUACAGGUACGUGUACCACAGCUCGAAGUGGAUGGUGGCUGGAAAUGCUGAUUCACCGGUCCCUCCUCGGGUUUACAUCCACCCAGACUCUCCAGCCUCGGGAGACACCUGGAUGCGACAAGUCAUCAGCUUCGACAAGCUCAAGCUCACCAACAACGAGCUGGAUGACCAGGGACAUAUUAUUUUGCAUUCGAUGCACAAGUACCAGCCCCGGGUGCACAUCAUUCGGAAGGAGUGUGGAGAGGAGCUGUCUCCGGUCAAACCCAUCCCAAGAGGAGACGGGGUGAAGCAUUUUUCCUUCUCGGAAACUGUCUUCACUACAGUGACCGCCUACCAGAACCAGCAGAUCACCAGGCUGAAGAUUGACCGAAAUCCGUUUGCGAAGGGGUUCCGCGAUUCCGGACGCAACAGGAUGGGUUUAGAGGCUAUUGUGGAAUCCUAUGCAUUCUGGAGACCCUCUUUGCGGACCCUUAGCUUUGAAGAUAUACCUGGAAUUCAGAAACAAGGUGGUACAGUACCUUCAACCACCCAUCAGAGUCCAGGAAGCAGUGCUCCAACACAUCGUCUGCCUGGCUCUUCCUGUUCCUCGCCAGCUUUCCACCUGGCACAAAAUAGUGGCCAACUCUGCAACCUGAGCCCAGCAGACUUCACGACCUGCAACCGCACAGGCCUGGCCUUCAACAGAUACAGUAGUAGUCUUGCUGAAACCUACAACCGUCUGACCAGCCCAGGCAGUGAAACAUUUGCAACUCAGAGGACACCUUCCUACAUUGGUGUGGCCAACACAGCAAGUGUGAACAUGUCAAUAUCAGGCAGCGACGGAGAAGCGUUCAACUGCCACCAGGCUGGGUUGCCAGUGCCGAUUUCGGGGAUAUCAUCUCCUCAGCUCCAGUACAUCAUGCCUUCACCAUCAAAUAAUGCUUACACUGCCAAUCAGACCCACCAGGGCUCCUACAGUACUUUCAGACUACAUAGCCCAUAUGGCUUAUAUGGAUAUAAUUUUUCCACUUCUCCCAGACUGGCAGCCAGCCCUGAGAAAAUAAUUUCUUCCCAAGGAGGUUUCCUGGGUUCAUCUCCCAGUGGCACCAUGACGGAUCGACAGAUCUUGCCCACCGUGGAUGGGGUGCAUAUUCUUAAUAGCAGCCAGCAAAACAUGUUUGACACACGGUCUUUAGGGAAUUUGACAGCUUCACCAUCCCAGAUUCCAGCACAUUUAGUUUGACAAAAUAGUUGUGGUGGGUGAAAUGCGUACUGCAGCAUAAUAAAAUAUUUGUGGAGAUUCUCCAUUUAUCAACACUUUCACCAAUAUGAAAUACGUUUCUGAUCAGUGCCGCUAGUAGGACUUGUACUGAUUAUGCUGGAGAUUGGAACAACUUUGGACUUUGCAUCGACUGAAGUGUUUGUUCCCAUAGUACGUAUGAUGUGUCAGGUGAUAAGGUGCUCCAACUGUGCUCCCAGAAGAGAUUCAAAGGACAAAGGAACAGUUGAAGUGGAAAAGAAGACCAGUUGCUUUCAAGAAUUAUUAUCAUUGACUAUGUAUCUUGUGUAUUGAUGCCAUCUUUUGAGCUGGCAAUUGAAUCCACUAACUGUGGCAGAUAGUGAAUGGACUUGGUUACAAUGUGAAGUCGAUCAAGACACCAAGAUGCAAAAUGCCUGACGUACAAUAAAGAAUCUGUCUCAACAUUCAACCUCACACAAACUUACAAGCACCAUUCUUUGGCCAUCUGGAGGCUUUUCCUUCCUUGCUUCAACUUUCUUCUCCACAGCCUUGGGAGUGUUGCCCUGGAGUGACAUAUGGUCUUAUAUACUUUGGAUCCUUUCAGUUCUCAGCCAAGUAGCCUUUCUUUUCCAUGAGUCUAAACUGUGAUUGUUAAUAGACUGCCAAAAUAAUGGGUAUCACCGCAGCAAAGGCUAAUCCUGUCUGAACCUGAUGGCCGCACAAGUGCACUUUUCACAGGAUUACGUGUACAGUGACAUGUAUGCAAGCAAUAUUACAUGAAUGAUCUUCCCUUUUAUAGAACAUUGAUGUUCCCUAUUAUAGAAUGGUCUAAUCUCUGGAGCUAGCCAUUAAGAUCAAGACACUCAAUACAGAGUAGUGAUUGUUUCCACAAUCUUGGAUUAAUCUUUACAAUAUCCAUGCAGUCAAGUUAAAAUAAUAAUUGAUUUCUCUCUCCUCUUCAUGUUUUUAACAUUAUACUUUAAAAAAUCAGCCUGUUUAACACCCUUAUAAUGCAACAUAAAAGAUGACAAUCAACAUGCCAAUUUAUGCCAAAACAAACAAGUGAUUUACAUUAAUUAAUAUGUAAUUUAAUAUGAAAUUGUCCCCGAAAUAUAGAAAACAAAUCAAAAUACAGGGAUAUAAGAUACUUGCAUUUUAUGGCAGCAUAUUAGAAGUGCAUUUAUUCAAUCUUUAUUCAUUUUUAUUCAGGGGAAAUAGUAUAAAAAUAUUAGUUCUUUUGUACAAUCAGCUAUGCUUUCAUUCAUGAUUGCCUUUGAGAAUAAUCGCAGCGCCAAUUUAAGAAAUAAUAGUUUCUGAGUUCUUUCUGAUAAUAUGGAACAGAAAUACAAGUUGAUAUCGUACUCUCCAAUUGAGAAUCACAGGUCAAAUAUAUAGAAUUAAUAUUACAUGAAAAUCAUACAAGAUGUUCUCCCUUAAUAAUCUGGGAUAAAAUAAUUAACAGAAGAGACAACAGUGGAUACCUUUCUGACAGAGACUUUCAAAAUAUAUAACCAAUAAUUACACAUUUUGUUGAAACUGUUUCUGAAUAAGACACAUAAGCUGCUGCUCAUAAACUGAUUAUGCCCCCUUUUAGAAAGCUGCUAAAGUAAAAACUAAAGAUUUUCGACUUAACUCCAAUGUCUUAGUAAAUGGUGACUGUGUACCAGAAAAUAAAGUAAUGCCCUCGAAAUAUAAUAAUGCCCCUCAUAAAAAAAGCACUUGAAAUGACUACAAGAAAUAAUAAUUCACAAAGAAUAUAUCUGCAAAAUAUCUCCCAUUUGGGAAGAAUUUUUUUAUUCUCAAGUAUCUUGGGGUUAUAUAUGCAAUAGGAUUAAAAAAUUAAGAUAUGCUUCAAGAUUGUUUGACCUUGCUUUAUCUGCUUUGGGAAAUAUACAUGCAUAUAUUUACAAGAUUCUGGUGUUUGAAGCAAUUUUGCCAGAUUAAGUGCUUCAUGAUAGAAUAUUUAAAGUAACAGAUGUAAUUUGGGUAACAUUGUGCUCUUUUCCCAUAGAGAACAUUACCAGCAUCAAAUCACAAGGACUACAGUCUUUCACUCCUUUUCUGAAUUACACCAUACCAUAAGUGCCAAAUUUUCUUCUCUUUUUGUUAUUCAGCAGUGAGGAAGUAUGUCUAAAUUAUCAAACGUGAAUAGCUUUGUCAAAUAUUGUUAAAAAACCUGUACUUUGAAAUUGUUUAAAAGUGUAAAUAUGUAACUAUGAUACUGCAAAGUUUUACUGGCAAUAAAAAAUGUAGACUUUACAUAAAUACAUGCCCAAAGAGCCUCCAUUAAAGUUAUACCUUCAAGGUAUUAAUUAACAAGACCAAGAAGAUUCCAGUUUCUUUAGAUUAGCUCAUCUAUCAUGUUUAAAAUAAUAAAGAAAUAUUGAAAAUAUUAUGCAUUACACAUUCUAUUCUGAUGUUUACAAUGAAGUAGUAUAGCUAUUGAUCAUAGCUAUAAAUUGAUACUAUUACUGA